UUAAAGUAUAAUGGGGUUUAAAGGAAAUACUAGUAAUACAGUGAAGGAGCAAGCAAGUACUCCGGUAAAGCCGACUGUCAGGAGAAGGAUAACCAAAGAGUCGACGGAUUGUUGGUCAAGCUUUAUGGCUUGUAUCUGCUGCGUCUUCUGAUGUGGCAAUGAUGGAAGCAGUAGAAGAUAUGGAGGUGGCGGAGGAGACUGAGACGGUGAUGGAUGUGGAGGUGAUGGCGGUGGAUGCUAAAUUUACUCCAACCUGGAAAAUCAAGGAACUUCUUAAAGCAUUCGUCCAGAAUUCUUCCAAGUUCUUAGCCUUCAUUUUGAAGGAGCGAGGAGGCUUGUCUUAUCUAAGAAUCCUUCUUGAAGUUUAAUUUGGUCGAAUAAU